CUCACAACACACACGAUAACGGUUACCGCUCAUUGACAGCCAACCUACACGGGUUCGCUUCCUAGUGGGCAAAUACUCCCCACCAGAAUGACUUAGGACUAGUUUCUGUGGAUAUGGAUGCCAUUCUGAGGAAGAAAUCGGAUUUGUCGCUACACGGUGCCCGUCCAGAAGAUGGGGUGCGUGACAUGAUCAUCAUCAGCGACAUUGAUGAAAUCGGAAUCAACAUCAACCUGAAAACAAGGUACAAGAAAGAUAUCAUCUACACGUUCACUGGUACAAUUCUGGUGGCUGUCAAUCCAUACAAGAGCUUGCCCAUCUAUGAACAAAAAGAUGUCGAUCAGUUUAAUGGCAAGAAACUCAGCCAGGUGGAGCCACACGUGUUUGCGGUUGCCGAGGCGGCAUUCCGGAAUCUUCAGAAUUCCUCAGAUAACCAAUCUUGUAUCAUCAGUGGGGAAAGUGGGGCAGGAAAAACAGAAACCACAAAGUUUAUUCUGCAGUAUCUAUGUUGUGUCACAAACCACACAUCCUUCUGGACCGAGCAACAGAUCCUGGAGGCAAACACCGUUCUGGAGGCCUUUGGCAAUGCCAAAACAGUACGAAAUGACAACUCCAGUCGUUUUGGAAAAUUUAUGCAAGUUUGUUUCGACAAGUGCCAAAUCAAGGGAUGCAUUGUGCAAGACUAUCUCCUGGAGCAGUCUCGGAUUACGUUCCAGUCGCCAAACGAACGCAACUACCACGUCUUCUACCAGCUGGUUGCUGGGGCACAGGCCAGCCCUGAACUGGCGCAACAGUUUCUGAUUGGCUCGGCCGAGUCCUACAACUAUUUAAAUCAAAGUGGGUGCUCCCAGCUAGACGGAGUGGACGAUUCGGCCAUGUUCGACAACCUCCGACUGGCGAUGAACGUUCUCAACAUUCCAGCGCAAAUGGUGGAUGGGAUUUUUUCUGUGCUUUCAGCCAUUUUGUUGAUAGGGAAUUUGAAGUUUGAGGACGUGGAGGGGGAGAAGACUGAUCUCACUUCGGAGGAUAAAAGUAUUUUAAGCAUUGUCUGUGAUCUAUUGGGAUUCGAUGUGGAAGGACUCGUGGAAUCUGUUUUGUUUCGUCAGAUUCAAGUGAGGGGAACAAUUACCAACAUACCAUAUAAACUACAAGAGGCUUGUGAAAAUCGCCAUGCAAUGGCCAAGGCUCUCUACGCCCGGACGUUUGCCUGGCUCGUGGAUUCCGUGAACAAGUGCAUUAACCCAGGCCAACACCAGUCACACUUCAUGGGAAUUCUCGACAUCUUUGGAUUCGAAAAUUUUGAGACAAACAGCUUUGAACAGCUAUGUAUCAACUACACAAAUGAAAAACUACACCGAUUCUUCAACCAUUAUGUCUUUGCCUUGGAACAAGAAACGUACAGAGAAGAGGAAAUAGAAUUUUCACAUAUUACGUUCACUGAUAAUACAAAGUGUGUGGAACUCAUUGAGAAGGCACCAAGAUGCAUUCUAAAGAUUUUGGAUGAAGAAUGCAGAUUUCCUCAGGGCACGGACAAGACGUACCUGAACAAACAGAACCAGGAGCUGUCCGAGUCGUCGUACUACCUGACGGGCCUCGACCGGCGGGUGUGGGAGAACCAGUUCGGCGUGACCCACUACGCCGGCUCCGUCAUCUACUGCGUCGACGGCUUCCUCGACAAGAACAAGGACACGCAGCAGGACCAGCUCUUUGAGCUGAUGCACAACUCGACCAACGCAUUCGUUAAAGAUCUCACCAGAUUCCAGGAUCUGCUUGGUGUUCGACUGGAAAUUUUAGAUGGACGACAGACGAUAUCAAGAACAGCUCGGAGCAGACCAACAGUCGGAGACACUUUCAAGCAUCAGUUGUCUGCCCUUGUCGAUGUGCUGGCCAUGACAAACCCCUGGUAUGUGCGCUGUUUGAAGCCGAAUGCGAAAAAGGUUCCCGAUUGUUAUGAAGAGAAGGAAGUGCUCACCCAGCUCAGAUACUCGGGCAUGCUGGACAUUAUCCGGAUUAAGAAAGAGGGCUAUCCAGUCCAUGUUCCAUUUAAACAGUUUCUUGAGAAGUAUGGUAUUCUGCUGCCUGGCCGCAUUGCUGAAGAAGACCACCGCUCUGCUGUGAAGACUAUCUUCAACAAUCUCAGUCUGCCGACUACAGAAUGGCAGGUUGGAAAAACCAAAGUUUUUAUGAAAAAUACAGUGUUUGAGUGCCUUGAAGAAAAACUUUGGCAGUUACUUACCCAAAAAGCCAUUCUCAUACAGAAAAUAUGGAGAGGAUUUUUCUGUAGAAAAGAUUACCAAAACAAACGAUGGGCAGCGAUGGUGUUACAGUCGAACUUCAGGUGUUUUAGACACAGACUGGUGUUCUUGAGAUGUCGCAAGGCUGCCGUAGUCAUACAGUCGUACGUGCGAGGUAUGGCCGCCCGCCGUCUGGCUGUGUCUGUGAGGGAGAAGAAGCGGGCAGAGGAGGAGCGAAGGAGACGGGAGGAGGAGGAAGAGCAGACACGCGCGGUUCAGAAACAGGAGGCUGAUGAACAGGCCAUUGAGCAGUCCAUCAAGAAUAUUCAUAUACGAGAAUCUCAGGCAGAGCUGGAAUCUCUGACUCUUCUCAUUGAGUCGAUGUGGACGCACCACAAACCCAACAUAGCACCAAACAACCUUGACCUUGACUCCAUGUUUGACUUCCUACAAGUGGAGCGUCAGGAAAUGAAGAACUCGUUCAGUGAGAAAGUCUCCACUAACGUCUUCAGUCCCAACGAGAAGAAAGCAGCUGUGGAGGAGAUUCGGGAUGAGUUCUCUGCCCUUGACGAACUCUUUACACAAGCCCAGGAUGCACAUGAAGGAGACAGGGUUCUGGCUCACCUGGACAAGUCGAUAUCCGAGUUUGACGACAACCUGUCACCUGCGAAAACUGACCGAGGUCCUGUGUUUAUCGCACCUCCCCCGCCACCCGGUCCACCCCCUCCACACCUUCUUCAGUUAGACGGACUACCACCGCCUCCACCAGGAUUAGCAGAGUUGGGUCCCCCGCCAUCAAUCCCAGCUCCAGGCAGCCCACCGGGUAUUUCUCCUCCACCUAUCAGCAACCUUGUUACUAACGAUGAUGACACACUGCCUCUGCCGCCACCACCGCAGAACUUUGAAGACCUGACGAGCAUCAGCGGAGAACUACCACCACCACCACCACCACCACCUCCUCCUACAGUCAGCAUCACUCAGCAGAAUGGCUGGCACGACCACGAACCUCCAGGGAUAACAGACCUAGAAAACAUCUACGAACAGCCGUGUUUGUUUCCCGGAGUUCCCCCCAUCGAGGUUACAGAAUAUCCCAAAAGACGAUCUGGUCCUGCACCUCCACCACCUCCCCGUCGCGGGUCUGCCCUCACGGCUCCCCCAUCCCCACCCACCUCCCUUGGGAGGUCUUCCAGCAUGAACCUUCCAAUAUCGGCGUCGGGGUCGGCAAUAUUUCCACCCAAUCAGCGCCCUCUCAGUGCCCUGUCUCCGGAGACGCAGGAGAAACUGUCGUCCUUGUUGGAGCAGCCCCCCGAGGAAGGGGGUGUACAGAGCCCCGAGGGGGGAGUCGUGACACAGAAUGUUGAGAGAAAUGACAGGGAGGGGUCGCUAGAGACUGACACGGUGUGGAAUAUUAUCGAAUACGCAGAGAAGUACUUCAAUAACCAUGCGAAGGAUUAUGGCGGCACUCUGAUGAAGAGUUUGAAAAAGAAGAGAGAUUCGUUGAAGGAUGUGUUGUCCAAGGAAGAAAUGCUGCAGUACAACAAAUCGGGUUUGAUCCCGACGUCGCACAUCCACCUGCACGACACCGAGAACAUCCACUUGGCCUGCAACAUCUUCAAGGAGUUGACGAAGUUGAUGCGAGACGAGCAGAAGGAGGAUGACGUGAUCCCCAUCAUCCAGUACAUCGUUCGACUGGGAAUCGAGCGAAUCGAGCUGCGGGACGAGAUAUUCUGUCAGCUCAUCCGCCAGUCCCGUGCGAACUCCGAAAACGAUAGUCUACUCCAUGUGUGGCUUAUCUUGUGCCUUUGUACAGCGUCAUUCUCGGCCAGCAAAAACCUUCAUAAGUAUUUGUUGUCUUACGUGAAGAAGAACUGCUCCAACGCGGUGGCCGGCAAGUUUGCCAUCAUGUGUCACAAUCACCUCACAGUGCCGAGAGCCGUAGCAAGGAAGCAUCCACCGUCUUCUAUUGAGAUCAUGUGUCUCCGUGCUGUCAGUCCAAUCAUUUGUAAAGUGUAUUUCAUGGAUGGCAAGACGAAGGCUGUCAGCAUUCUGUCGUGUGACACGACCACAGACCUGCUGGAGAAAGUCGCCAAAAAGAUUGGACUGAAGUCUGUAGAAGGCUGGUCAGUCUAUGAGGUUACUAAGGAGUAUGAGAGAUUUAUUCGUAGUUAUGAAUAUGUGGCGGAUAUUCUAGCAGAGUGGGAACAAGGUGACCGUUUGUCAGCCCAGAUGAGUAAGUAUGAAACGGUCUCGAAGAAAGGCCCCAAGAUGGCGCUGGGAGGGCUGGAUGCUAAGCUGGUGUUCAGGAAGCGUGUGUACCGCCAUGUUCACGACAUUCCGAAUGAUCCGAUAGAAUACCACCUUCUGUACGCUGAGGCAGUGAACAAAGUGGUCAGGCUGGAUGAGUUCUCCGUGUCGGAGAAAGUGGCGUUACAGCUGGCCGGUCUGCAGGCUCAGGUGAUCUGGGGAGAGUUUGAAGAGGACAAGUCUUUCAGAUACAGUGAAGCAGAACAGUAUUUGAGUAAGAGAAUUCUGUCCUCAUCAGGAAGAAACUGGUCUGUGGAAGUUGCUAAAGCUCACAAGCACUAUGGAACGGGGAAAACUGAGCUUGAAGCCAAAGUCUGGUAUCUGACGUGUGUAAAACAGUUCCCACUCUACGGCUGCACGCUGUUUCCAAUUGUUCACAAAGGCUUGUGGUCCCACACAAGUGACGCCCUUCUUGCCAUCAACAUGGAUGGAAUCAAGUUUGUUCGCGCCAAGGACAAGUCUGUGAUUCACGAUUUCCGCUACUCAGAGAUCGAGUCGGUGUCGAUAGAUGCGAAUGACAACUACGUGACGCUGGAACUGCGCAACAAGGCUCAGACUGACUGUCCACAGAGGACGUUCAUGUUCGAAACUAACUACAAGGAGGACAUCGGCCACCUCGUCGCAAGCUACUCACCACACCAUGCAUCGUGGAUGAAACACGACUACGAAGGAAUGAAGAAGAUAAAGAUGACGGAUGAAGAAAAACUGAAACUUUACGAAGAAUUAGUCCGAUGUCGAAAGGCUCUGUCUGAAAGUCGUCUGCUACAGCGCCCCCUGCAGGACAGUGGGGCAGGUUUCCUUAGGAACACUCUGAGAAGACUGACCAAGUCGAGGAUUGAUCGGUUACAACAUUACGCCGCUUCCAACAGCGGCCAGUUUGACGUGAGUUACUGGUCGUACACCAAGAGUCCGCUGCGCCAGAGCCUCACCGCGAUACACGACCCCACGGUGGAGGAGAUCGGGGUGAAGAUGUUCAACUCCAUUCUCGUCUACACCGGCAUCGAGGAAGCAGUAGCGGGAGAAUCUCAUGACCAUGUCGGCAUGGUCCAAGUCUUGAUGCAGAAGUGUCUGGAGAACGAUCACCUGUGUAACGAGUUCUACGUACAACUCAUCAAACAGACGACAGACCAUCCAGACCCUAACAGUUUGGUAAACCAACGAAGCUGGCAGCUUAUGGCUGUCACAACAAGCACCCUGUCUCCACCAAACUCACGUGUUCAGAAAUAUCUCCAGUGUCACCUCAAGAAGUGCUCCAUGGAUUCCACAACAGAGGAAGGAAAAUAUGCCAGGUUCUGUCAUAAGUGUCUUUCAAGAACUCUAGAGAAGAAAAGGAGAAAGUUUGCUCCAUCUACUAAAGAGAUUGAAUGUGUUGCACAGAGACGUCUGAUCACAGAGCAAGUGUACUUCCUGAAUGGGGAGCAUCGGGUGGUGGAAUUUGAUUCAGCAGCAAACUGUUUUGAGGUUAUAAAGACGGUGAAGGCGAAGAUAGGAAUGAGAUUAGACGCCGAGUGUUUUGCCCUCUACGAAAUCAUGAGUUCUUCAGAGCGCAGUAUGGUGUAUGACGAGAGACUGUCGGACAUGUUGAGCAAGUGGGAGAGACUGUCAAGAAGUGGAGCAGUCCGAGAUCUCAGACUGGUCUUUAAAAAACGGCUGUUUAUUGAGCCGUACAUGAACCAGAACGACCCGGCGGAGUGUGACCUCGUCUUCCACCAGCUCACCGAGGACGUGUUUGAACAGAGGAUCCCCAUCACACUGCAGGACUGUGUUCGUCUAUGUGCCUUGAAGAUUCAGUCUGAAAUUGAAGACAUGAAAAGUUGUGAAAUUGACUACAGUUCUGUGACUCGCAUUCUACCACGUGACCUUCGACCUAGUGUCAAGGUUGAAGAUGUUGCCACUAUGCAUAAAACCGUGCUGGAUCUAAGCCCCCAGCGAGCUGUGAUUCACUUCAUCGAUGUCUUAAAGAAGUGGGAACUCUUUGGAUCAACAGUCUUUGAAGUCGGGCAAACCUACACUUCAAUGUUACCCAAGACUCUUCUACUGGCGGUCCAUCAAAGAGGAAUUCAUCUGCUGGAGGCAAAAACCUUUAGAGUGCUUGGAGCGUACCCCUAUGCAGACAUUGUUCACUCUAGUCCGGCCAUCAAGAGCAUCAUGAUCGUCAUUGGCCAUGUAGCGAAGGGAACCAAGUUCAUGUUUAACACUAAUCAGGCAUCUCAAAUAGCUCAUCUGAUCAAGGACUAUGUUGAGGAGCUGCAGGCUCGCUACAUGCUGAAACCAUCGGACAACACGCAGCGCAUGUCUCGCGCCAUAGACCUUGAGGAACUGGACAGACAGACGGCCAUACAGACGGUCGGACAGCAGCAACGGCAGGAAUAACGACAACAUGGGCUGUUUGUGGGUUAAUAUUAUCAUACAUGGGGAUAGGGGUGGGUACAGGGUUUAAGCUAGAUCGAUAUAAUCAUACAGACAGACAGACGGCCACCAUACAAACAGUCUGACAGGAGUAACAUGAUCAUGGGCUGUUUGUGUGUUAAUAUCAGACACAGGGACAUAGGGUGUGUACAGGGUUAAAGCUAGAUUGCUAUAAUUAUACUGAUGGAAAGGAAUAUGGGAACACUUAAACAGUAACAGCAAAUAUUGCUUGCUAUUAUAGAAUCCUCAUCCAUAAUAUCAGACCUUUGUUACUGAUAUUCAUUGUUACAGUACUGACAUUUCAGUAUUUCAUCUCGUCAUGUUAAACAACCUAAAUACUAGACAGCAGUGAAUUGAAUUUUGUUCUCAAAUAUCACGUGUUUCCUUAUUUCUUUCAAUCAAUUUAGUGAAUUUGGUAAUAAAAUAAAAAAGUUGUCAUCAGCAAACUAUGAUUUGGCAAACGAUGGUGAAAAACCUAUGGGUGGAUGGGAAGGUGGAGGGGGGGGGGGGGGGGUAAUCAUUGAACAAACAUUCCUUUUUAUUGGUGUGAGCCGGACCGGAAGGUGUUUGGGAGAGAUUAAUUUGCAAUUUCUUGCCACUGGUUCAAAUAUGACAGGGUUAUAUACAUUGAGUUAUUAGCUUCACAUGGUUUACAAUGAAGCGCAAAUCGUGUCGCAAGCGAUUUCACAAUUCUGUAAAAUUAUUUAUUUUUAACAGAUUUUGAGCAGAGAUCAUGUCAGAAAUGAUUUCAUGUGUAAAAUCAUUCAGUUGAAACAGGUAUUUUGAGCAUAGAUCAAAAUUGAAACAUUAACAUGAAAUAUAAAGUUCAGUUGAUGCCUUCUCAAACUGAAUUUGAAUUAUGAAUUGUCAUUGAAACAUUAUGCUGUAAUAUUUGUUUUUGAUUGAAGAAGCUGUAUAUAUCUUACAAGUGGGAGGGAGGGACAGUGCUGGAAAAUGUAUUGACAGAAUUUAUGGAUAGUUCUAUAAAGUUUGGUGCUGCUGUCAUCAAUCUGCAUAAUUAUUGAUACGAGUACUGGCUAACUGAAGGUGUGGUGUGCAUAUCAUUUGUGUCAAAUGUCAAAAUAAAAUAAAAUAAUAAUUAUGAGUGCAGUACUCUCAUUUGCCUCUUUAAAGAGCAUAAUUUUGUAAUGGAAGGAUUAAAAGUAUAAUUGUCAAUAAUUAAAUGAUGGAAAUGUGUUGGGAUUCUAUUAUACAUAAUGUGUUUUGAAUUCUGUUUGGCAUGUUUUUCUCUUACAGCAUUCCUAAAUCAAAAUGCAUAAAAAAAUUCCAACCAGCGCCUGUGCCUAUAAAACUUUCAAAGUCUGGACUCGAAAUCUUUAAUGCCGUUGCACCCAUGCAUAUAGUUUGUAUGGCAUUGCCAUGAUGUUAAAGUCUCAAGGCAUUAUGAAAGACUCGAAUUUAGACUUUGUGCCAGAUUUACCAAGCCUGUUUUUAUUAAACAAAUUAAGAUGUUUAAGCAUUGAAAAUAUAUAUACAUGAAGUUGCAUGCACAAAUGCAGGCUUUGUAAAUUCGGCCCUAAAAGUUUUAUAAGCGUUAGAUUGCCCUAUUGUUAAGCCAUUGAAUUUAAAGGUACUUCGUCCUCUAAACACAAUGUAUAUAUAUAUAUGUGUGUGUGUGUGUGUGAAAUGUGGCAGGAUGUAGCUCACUGGUGGAGCUCUUGUUUGAGGUGCAGUGGGUCACAGGAUCGAUCACCCUUAAUAGACUGUAUGUACUCUCCUGUCUGUGGGAAAGUGCAUGAAAAACAUCCCUUGAUGGUUUAUCAUUAGGAAUAGCCUAUGGUGGCAACAGGUGACCUUAUUUUUUCUCCAUCAACCUAAUGUCCAGGGGUGGGAAUUCUCCUCGGAUCAGCUGUUAUCCUCUCAUGGAACAUUGCAUUUCCUCGCAUUUUAAUCAUCCUUUCCUCCAAAAUGUGUCGGAUGGCACAGAUUUUAACCUAGGACUUCAAGAAUUUCCGGGACCCCUCUAGAUUUCCUCUUUUUACAUUUCACCAAUUCCCACCCCUGAAUGUCACAAUAAACCUAAGUCAAACACCAAAUAGCUGUACAGUUUAAAAUGUGCUGAGGUGUCAUUAAAUAUUCCUUUCCUUUUUGGUUGAAAAGUAGAGUUUCUUAUUUGGAAUAUUAAUUUGUGUACAUCUGGCGAGUUUAUGUGUGCCCUAAUGUCUAUAAAAGCAUAUUGCAGUAUCUUUUAUGUGACAUUUGUGGGCAUGCGACAAUUUUCAUGAUGAUUUUUGGAAGGACCUUUUGGAAAAAGAACCUAUUGUGACAAUUCAGAACGGCUCCAGAUAAGAAUUGAACAUUUCCAGUUGUCAAGUACCACAUGAAAUUGGAAGUAAAUUUGACAUGAAUAGAUGUGAAAAAGGUUACUAUUGCAAGAAAGAAACUAGUUUUAGACAAAUACUCUCCAGUGUUGUAAGAGAACCAAGUACCUUUAAAGCUGGUAGGUUCUGAGUUCAUAUCCCAGUCGUGGAAACAAAAGGGGAUGAUAUUUCAAAAUCUUUGCUAACUGGAAGUCGGUUCAGUUAAUUUUGACCUAGAUAACCAAUUGUAUGAUUAAGUGAAUUAUAUUUGCUUAUUCAGUGAGUAAUCUGAUCAUAGCACGUUUGUGUAUACAUCUGUUCUGUGCUACAUUGACAUUCCAAAUAAAUUUUAAAACAAAUUCAUUUUGCAGUAUCUUUCAGGUGUGCAAAAUCAAUCUAGAAACAUUUUUGAAAGGGUUUGCAACUGUUAGUUUUAAAACAUAGGCCUUUCCAUGCAACCAGUUGGCGGUUCAGGUGAAUUUAAAUUUGUUUAAGGGACAUUUUUAUUAUGUGAUUAGUUGCAGCGAUUUAUUACAUGUGAUCGAAUAGUACAGUAAGACCACCUGAUUCGGAAUGACAUUAGUUGUAUAAACAUAUGAUUGGUGAUGCUACGACCUAUCGCAUGCGACAAGUCAGUGUGACUAAUCGCAUAAUGAAAAUGCCCCUUUAACUGACACAGGAACAGAAUAAGAGUUUGUGUGAAAUAUUCUAGCCUAAGGCCACAGAAGAUAAUAUGUAAGGCUAUGACAUUUAACAACCACGAUUUUCAUCAACCACAAACAACGGACCACUGUCCAGGACAUUUAACAACCACAACUUUUAUUAACCACAAAUAAUGGAUCACUGUCCAGGACAUUUAACAUCCACAACUUUCAUCAACCACAAACAAUGGACCACUGUCCUGAACAUUUAACAACCACGACUUUCAUCAACCACAAACAAUGGACCUCUGUCCAGGACAUUUAACAUCCACAACUUUCAUCAACCACAAACAAUGGACCACUGUCCUGGACAGACAACUGAGAGAACCAACGUUUGUCAGGCCAGGCCAGCAUAUUUGCACCUUAAUUGGAUAAAUCAAAAUGUAUGAAUGUAAAUGAAAGAUUCCAAGAAAUGUACAGGGAUAUUCCUAUCAUCAAUUGCAAAUGUUGUUAAUUAAUAUAUAAUUCAAUGACCCGCUGUUUUUUUUGUCUGUGAUUUCAAGUUUGAAGAUGACAG